AUGGCGGCCCAAUCGUCGAAUAAUCGUGUCACAACUAAAAUUAAUUCAACUUCAAGCAAAAGAAAUCUUUCGUCUUCUUCGCUCUCACCCAAGCCAGAUGAUAAGAAAUCAAAAAUAUUCAUAACUCCUAACCGGUACUCAGUUCUCACCACACUUAAAGACUCAAACGACAACACACAGCCAAACAAAACUCAAACACAUACUCAAAAUAUCCUACCAAAACCACCAGCAGUUUAUAUCAAAGGCGUGAGUAAUUUUUCCAGUUUCACCUCAAACUUGAUGAAAAUUUUCAAUACAACAGAAUUUAUCUGUAAAACCACACCUUCUUACCUGAUCGUCCAUACUCAUUUCUAUGAGCAUUACAGACUACUCAUUAAAUAUCUAAUUGAAAACAGCAUCAGUUUUCAUUCAUACCAGCAGUAUGAUAAGCGUCCAUUACGGGUGGUGAUCCGCAAUCUCCACCCUUCUACCUCUACUGAAGAUAUAAUUACUUCUCUAUCGGAACUGGGACACCAGGUUACCCACGUUCAUAACAUUAAGCGCUCUUCCGAUAAAUCACCUCUACCUCUAUUUUUCGUCGACCUCAAAAUAGCCACCAACAACAUGGAUUUAUAUAAAAUCGAGUAUCUAUUGCACACCAAAAUUGUUGUCGAAAAGCCCCAUCCACGUAAAGGCCCACCUCAAUGCCAUCGUUGUCUGUCUUACGGGCACACUCAGGGUUACUGCAACCACAUUCCACGAUGCAUCAGAUGUGGCGAAGAACACAGAUCUGACGUAUGCACUAUGUCUCCAGAAUCUCCGGCCAGGUGUGCUUUAUGCCAAGGUAGCCACCCUGCCAAUUACAAAGGCUGUCCCGUUUAUAAAAAACUUAAUUACAGACCACCUCGUCGUAAACAUUUCAUAUCUACUCCCAAAUCUCAUACAAACUUCCUUAAAUCCACCUUAAAUUCCAAUACCGAUAAACCAUCAUAUGCCGAAGCCACUUCCUCCAAUCAUAACCAUUCCCACCUAUCUCCUAAUAUAGAAACUUUAUUUACAUCUUUUAUUACCGAAUUCAGUGCAAUCAUAAAACCCCUCCUGUCUCUCCUAACGGCUUUAUUAAAUAAAGUACAAUUGAGAAAAUACGUGUGUGAUAUGGCGUUCUCUCGAAAAGACAAUCUAACUCUACACCAGCGGACGCAUACGGAUGAAAAACCGUACGCAUGCGACGUGUGUGAUAUGGCGUUCUCUAAAAACAGUUAUCUGACCAGACACCGACGGACGCAUACGGGUGAAAAACCGUACGCAUGCGACGUGUGUGAUAUGGCGUUCUCUCGAAAAGACAAUCUAACUCUACACCAGCGGACGCAUACGGAUGAAAAACCGUACGCAUGCGACGUGUGUGAUAAGACGUUCUCUCAAAAAAACAAUCAAACUCUACACCACCGGACGCAUACGGGUGAAAAACCGUACCCAUGCGACGUGUGUGGUAGGGCAUUCUCUCGAAAAGACUAUCUAACUCUACACCGGCGGACUCAUACGGGUGAAAAACCGUACCCAUGUGACGUGUGUGAAAUGGCGUUCUCUAAAAACAGUUAUCUGACCAGACACCGACGGACGCAUACGGGUGAAAAACCGUACUCGUGCGACGUGUGUGAUAUGGCGUUCUCCCAAAAAACCACUCUGACUGUACACCAGCGGACGCAUACGGGAGAAAAACCUUACUCGUGCGACGUGUGUGAUAUGGCGUUCUCUGCAAGACAAAAUAUGACCAGACACCGGCGGACGCAUAGGGGAGAAAAACCGUACUCGUGCGUCGUGUGUGAUAUGGCGUUCUCCCGAAACAGCAAACUGACCUUACACAUACGGACGCAUAUGGGUGAAAAGCCUUACUCGUGCGACGUGUGUGAUAUGGCGUUCUCUGCAAGACAAAAUAUGACCAGACACCGGCGGACGCAUACGGGAGAAAAACCGUACUCGUGCGUCGUGUGUGAUAUGGCGUUCUCCCGAAACAGCAAACUGACCUUACACAUACGGACGCAUAUGGGUGAAAAGCCGUUCCGGUGUGACUAGUAAUGUCAGUGUCAAGUACUCAAGUCGUUCAUUUGUCGAGACAGUCUGACGAGUCACGGUAAAUGGACGAACCAGAAGUCGACAUACCUCUCGGACAUGCCAGUAAAUUUUACAA